AUGAAUCGAUAAAUUGAAGAAAGUUCCGAGAAUUAAAUCAAAUAUGUUACUAAGGAUGAAGAUGAGAAAAAAUUUAAAUUACUCAAAGAUCAUUUUAGAAUUUAAUUCAAAUAAUCAUACAAAUAAAUUGGUAUAUAUUUUGUUAUUCUAAAUUAGGUUUUUAUCUCGUUUUUAGUUUUGGAAAAUAUCUUGCUUGUUUUUAUAGUUUAUAAUAGAGAGAUUAAAAGUGUGAAGUCAAUCCUUUAGUUGUUUGGUUAACAAUAGUAGGGAUGUAUGAAUUUUUUAAUUCCAUUCGGUAUUUACUAAUCAUAAUGUAGGUAUUUAGCAGUACUAUAUUCAUUACAAAUGAAUUCAAAAGAUAUAUUUUUGUUAGUUAUGGCAGAUAUGUUAACUAAAACUUCGAAUGAAACAAUGAAUCUUAGUGGCAUGUAAGAAAGAAAUAGGUAAUUAUAUAUAAAUAAAAUCCAAAAGAAGAGCAUAAAUUAAAACCCUUAUAAAAAUGAAAUUAUCAACUCGUGAAAUAUCAUAGCAAGAAUUGAUAGCUGAACCUCCAUUCACUUCAUAUGAAAUUAUCCAUUAAGCUGAAGCCUUAAAUAAAUAUACUAGAGUAAUGAAACUUUAUAACUAAUUUAUUUUCUAUUUGAUAUUUACAGGAGGAAAUGUAGCCUAUUUCUAAUCAGAUUCUAAUGAUUGUGAUGAUAGUAAUAUAACCAUUUCUAUAUUUUAGAUUUAAACAAUGUAACCUUUGUACUUUUACUUAUUGGGUACUUAUUUUCAGCAUUUCUCAUUAUUGGAUUUGGGCUAGCUGUUAUUUCUAUGGCCUUAUAUAUGCCAAUUAUAUUAUUCCUAUUUUUAUUUAAGUCCACUUGUAAAAUUAUCAAUAAAAUUCAAACUAAAGUAAUUUCAUUUAUUCUAUUAUCUUAGAAUAAAAUUAAAAAAAUGAGCUUAUUUCAUUAUCAUCACAAUAUUGAACCUUCUAUCUCACAAUGCAAUAUUUGCAUGUGUGAUUAUUCUGAAAAUGAUCAAAUUAUCUAAUUACCAUGUAGUAAUAUGUAUAUUUAUAUAUUAAUCUAGGCAUCAUUUCCAUAAUCAUUGUUUUUAACAAUGGAUAUUAAUUAAAUAGCAAUGUCCUGUUUGUCGUAAAUUGUUUUGA